AUGUAUAGACGAUUGACAUUCAAGCAGCUUGUGGAAGAAACUAUGAGAUUAGGCAAUCUAUCACCAUUGUUUUCCGAACUGGGAAAAGGGAUGUUAAUCACAAAGGUAAAAGUACAUUUCUUCCUUAUUUCCUUAUUACGUGAUGAUGGCAAUCUUUCUAGAGAAGCAUAUAGCUUAAGAGUUGAUGAAGCUCUUGACAGGAUACAAAAUAUCCAGAGGAUGGAGAGUUGUAAGUUGGCUAAGGCACAUUCACACAGAAUUACAGAUCCAAAAAAUUAUGAAGAUGCGUUGUGUUUCGAUCCAGAUAGAUGGAACGGACAAUCAAAUCCUGGGACAUUUUGGGCUUUUGGAGGGGGGUCAAGGUUAUGUCCAGGAAAUAUGCUUGCUCGAAUGCAGGUUGCCAUUUUUAUCCACCAUUUUGUCUCGGGGUGCAGAUGGGAACUAGUAAUUGCUAAUGCAGGGAUGCGUUACCACCGACAUCCAAUACCAGUUGAUGGGGUUGAGAUAAACAUAAGCAGAAUCUAA